AAGGACAAACGGUCUCGUUUCUGGGGGGUGUACAAACGAGUCGCAGAGGAACAUGAUGGCGAGUUCCUUGAGCGAUACACUACUGACAUGGACAUUGUCUUAAUCUUUUCGGCUGUCAGCACGGGUUUCAUCGUCGCGAUGGAGUCUAAUCUCAAUCCCGACCCCAGCGACAUGACGAAUGCCCUUUUGAAGCAACUUGUGCAGAUCGGACUCGGCAACCUCGCUAAGGCGGGUACUGCUCCCGCAGACCCAGCAUCUACGUGGUCGCCACCUGCGUCGGCUGUGAGGAUCCAAUUGGUCGCAUACGCAAGCUUGUCCAUGAGCUUACUCGCUGCAUUCGGGGCCGUUCAGGGCAAGCAGUGG